AUGGCCGAUAAGUAUCGCGAAGACAUUAUCAACAUAAGGCAGUUAAAGAUACGGCGUCAUAUUGGGUAUGUCGGCAAACGAAUAGAGAUACACGCCUUCUCAGACGCCUCAAUAAAAGCAUACGCAGCAGUCGUAUACUCUCGGAUCGUGAACCAGGAUGGCAGCAUAGAGGUUUCACUAAUUGCGGCGAAAACACGGGUCGCUCCACUUAAGCAGCAAUCGCUCCCUCGUUUGGAAUUAUGUGGCACACUUCUACUAAGUCGGCUGAUCGCAUCAAUCAAAUUAGCUUGGAAGGAUCUAGACAGCACCGUAUACGCUUGGUGUGAUUCGACAGUUGUGUUGGCAUGGCUGAACCACUUGCCAGCUGGUUUGAAGACGUUCAUUGGCAAUCGUACUGCAGAAAUAUUGGAAGUAAUACCAAGGGACUCGUGGCGCCAUGUUGAUACCAAGCAGAACCCCGCAGACUGCCCUUCUAGAGGAAUGCUGGCUGAGGACUUACUCCCGUUUACUCUCUGGUGGAAGGGUCCCGACUGGCUGGCUGAGACACAUCUUAACUUAGGUAACGAAGAUGAUAUACAAAUCUCUAACUUAAUUUCAGAUGACGAGUACCGAAAAGAGUUAAAGGCUACAGUAUUAGUUACUCUCGCGGAACCCAUGAACGAGUCAUCUCCCCUCGACGAACUCAUUGGUCGUGUUUCUUCCUGGCCUAGACUUGUGCGCAUUGUGGCAUACAUUUUACGAUUCAUCCGACACAUGAAAAACCCCCAAGAAAAGUCAGACACUUUCGCCGUAACCUAUGACGAGUACAAGGCAUCCAGGAAUUUAUGUUUACAGCAAGCUCAAAACGAAUGGCAUAAAGAACGAAAAGCGCUACGAAAUGAAGGAUGCGUACCAAAAGGCUCGAAGCUGUGUACCCUGACGCCGAUUCUAGAUGACAGUGGGCUUCUACGUGUAGGAGGUCGCCUCAAUAAUACAGAGGUAUCAUAUUCAGCCAAGCAUCCGCUCAUCUUGCCGAGGAAGCAUCGCAUAUCUCACCUGAUUUUGGAACACGAGCAUCAACAUAAUCUACACCCAGGAGUUUCGGCCCUCUUCGUCAUAGUUCGUCAACGUUUCUGGAUAAUGGGAGCCAGAAAUCUGAUUCGUAAAGUUACUCACAACUGUAUAAAGUGCUUCAGACAGCGAGCACAUACCAGCAACCAACUAAUGGCCGCACUACCGGCAGUGGAAGCGGUGAUCAAUUCAAGGCCUCUUUGUGCCACUUCCGAUACAGACGUUGGAUAUCUUUCGCCCGCUCACAUGCUGAUCGGUCGUCCUUACACCACAGUGCCAGAUGGAGAUUUGGACCAAGUGCCGGCAAACCGAUUGGAUUACUGGCAGCAAUCUCAGGCCAUGUUGCAAGGCAUUUGGAAAAGGUGGCAUCUUGAGUACCGUACGUCGUUGCAGCAAAGGCCAAAAUGGUUAAUGAAAUCGGCAAACCCGAAGCCUGAUGAUCUCGUACUAGUAAAGGAUUCUCAUACUCCUCCGGCUUCAUGGAUCCUGGCCCGCAUUAUCGAGACGAUUCCUGGCCCAGACGGUCUAGUACGAGCCCAUAAGUUAAAGACAGCUACAGGAGAGAUGACCCGUCCCAUAACCAAGGUGGCUCCCCUGCCAGUUUCAGAAACAUUGUUUCAGGGCCCGGCGGUAUGUUGA